AUGGAUUCUAAAAUAGAUAUAAAUUCAUUAAUCGAGGGCUGCCAUAAUGAUGAGAUUCCGAAAUGCAUCUCGGAACCCUACGAUUAUCUAGAAGGAAUACCUUCAAACAAUAAUAAUAUUCGUGCAACCUUUCUAAAUGCUUUUAACGACUUGUACUAUCAAAUUGAGGACCAUAAACUAUUAGACAAAAUAGGAGAAAUAAUAUCAAUAUUUCAUAAUUCAUCAUUAUUGAUAGAUGAUAUUGAAGAUGAUUCUAGUUUCAGAAGAGGCUUGCCAACUGCACACACGCUCUAUGGAACACCUCUAACUAUCAAUUGUGGGAAUUUAAUGUACUUCAUUGCCUUACAAAAAGCACAGAAUGAGCUACCCAUGUAUUAUAAUAAGAUACACGAUGGAGAUGUCGAUGUGAAAAGUCUCACCUAUCAGAUCCUGCAAAUAUUAGUUGAUGAAAUGCUAAAUUUGCAUCAUGGACAAGGAUUAGAUAUCUAUUGGAGGGAUAGUGGAGACUACAUUCAAAACCAUUUACCAGAAAUAGAUGAAUACUUGAAAAUGGUAAUGAAUAAAACGGGUGGAUUGUUUCGUCUUUCAGUAAAAUUAUUGGAAGUUUUUUCACCUACGUUUAAAUCGACAUCAGUAAUACCAUUGGCGAACCUAUUAGGUAUUAUAUAUCAGAUAAGAGAUGACUAUUUAAACUUAGUGGAUCCGAAUUAUUCUCAUAUGAAGGGAUACACUGGAGAAGAUUUAAUCGAAGGAAAAUUAUCCUUACCCAUUUUGCAUUGUUUAAGAACUGGUUCUGUUAACUCCCCGAUAUAUAGAAUCCUUUAUGAGCUAAAAGAUAGUGAAGAACGUAAAGCAAAUCCCCAGCUCAUUGAAGAUUGCAUCGAUUUCAUGAAAAAUAAAUCAAAGUCUUUGGAAUUCACCCGUAAUUUAAUACACGAUUAUCACGAGAACGCUAAGUUGAUGAUAAUCAAUAAUUCUACCUUAAGUAAUCCAGAAGACUCAAUGCUAUGUAAAGUAAUUGAUAGGUUAUGUAAUGUAUGA